GUCGGAGGUGUGCCUUGGGUCUGCUUCGCCGUCGCUGCCGCCCCGUCGCUGCAGCCGCACCCCCAGCCUUGGCCUCGGCCCAGCGCUCUCCCGGCCUCCUCCGCUUAAUCACCCCUGGGUUUCUGCCUUCGAGGCCCCGGGGCCCGGCUAACGAUGCCGUCGGGGAGCGAAGCGGAGAGCCCGGACCAAGCGGCUGCGCAGAUGGGGAUGGCAACGGCCUCGGCGGUGGCCACGGCUGCCCUGGCAGGUGACGGCCCCGACCCGGAGGCCUCCUCGGCCUCCCCCGGACGGCACCUGAGUGGGCUGGGCUGGUCCCAGGUGAAGCGGCUGGACGCGCUCCUGAGCGAGCCAAUUCCCAUUCACGGGCGCGGCAACUUCCCCACCCUGAGCGUGCCCCCGCGGCAGAUAGUGCAGGUGGUCCGCAGCAGCCUGGAGGAGCGGGGUCUUUGCGUGCACAGUGUCCGGCUGCAUGGCUCUGCGGCCAGCCACGUGCUGCACCCCGAGAACGGCCUGGGCUACAAGGACCUGGACUUGGUGUUCCGCAUGGACCUGCACAGUGAGGCGGCCUUCCAGCUCACCAAGGAGGUGGUGCUGGCCUGCCUGCUGGACUUCCUGCCAGCCGGCGUCCGGCGGGCCAAGAUCACGCCCCUGACCCUCAAGGAGGCUUAUGUGCAGAAGCUGGUGAAGGUGUGCACGGACUCCGAUCGCUGGAGCCUCAUCUCCCUGUCCAACAAGAGCGGCAAGAACGUGGAGCUCAAGUUCGUGGAUUCGGUGAGGCGCCAGUUCGAGUUCAGCGUGGACUCCUUCCAGAUCAUCCUGGACUCACUGCUCCUCUUCGGCCAGUGCUCGUCCACGCCCAUGUCCGAGGCCUUCCACCCGACCGUCACCGGCGAGAGUCUGUACGGGGACUUCUCCGAGGCGCUGGAGCACCUGCGGCAGCGCGUCAUCGCCACGCGCAGCCCCGAGGAGAUCCGCGGCGGGGGCCUGCUCAAGUACUGCCACCUGCUGGUGCGGGGCUUCCGGCCGCGGCCCAGCACCGACGUGUGCGCGCUGCAGCGCUACAUGUGCUCGCGCUUCUUCAUCGACUUCCCCGACCUGGUGGAGCAGCAGCGCACGCUGGAGCGCUAUCUGGAGGCCCACUUCAGCGGGGCCGACUCGACCCGCCGCUACGCCUGCCUGGUGACGCUGCACCGCGUGGUCAACGAGAGCACCGUGUGCCUCAUGAACCACGAGCGCCGCCAGACGCUGGACCUCAUCGCCACCCUGGCGCUCCAGGCGCUGGCCGAGCAGGGCCCGGCCGCCGCCGCCGCGCUGGCCUGGCGCCCUCCGGAUGGGCUGGUGCCUGCCACUGUUAACUACUAUGUGACCCCCGUGCAGCCGCUGCUGGCCCGGGCCCACUCCUACCCGACCUGGCUGCCCUGUAACUGACUCGGACCCUGGGUCACGUGGAGGACCUGAGCCCUCUAACCGCGUAGUCCCAGCCUCCCCUGAGGGAGAGGGCUCAGGGCUGCGGGCCAGCCAGGGGCUCUUUGGCACAUGGUCCCUUCGGUCAUCGCACCACCCUCUGAUUGUGGGGUGCAGGGCUAUUUAUCUUGAAGGUCAGUUGCCUUCAGGUGACAAAGCAUAUCCGGGGUGGUAACUUCUGUGCCUGGGUUCAUUCCUGUGGCCUGGAAAGACUUUUUGGCUAGCACCAACCUGCACACAUUCCAGCAAUCCACACAGUUACCAAGAUAUGGUAUAUAGGACCAGGGAUGUGGCUCAAUAGUAGAGCACUUGUCUUGCAUGUUGCGAGGCUCUUAGUUGGAUUCCUGACAGCGCCUCCCCCCCCCAAAAAAAAAAAAGUCAAAGGAAAUACUCAGUUUGGGUCAGGUUAGGCCACUAGCAGGGUUUGGUGGUUCAGUCACUAGAAAGGAAAACAGGGACAUGAGGCACUUUCCUGGGUGUGGAGAGUAAGAGGUUAGCCCAGUUCCUAGCACCCCUAUCCCAAACUAUUGAAAAGUGCAGUGGCAGGAGGGACACAGCUCAUGCACCUCCUGGUAUGUGGUGAGGCUCCCUGCUUCUCACCUAGAAACGUGUCCUUUCAAGCGUGCUAGAGGCAGAGUGCUGCCUAAGUCACAGUUCCUGCCCCACUAGCUGUGAAGCCGUUAGCACCUGGGGAGGGGAGCCACACCUGCCUCUUUUCCAGCCCUGUGCCUUUGUUCCUGUAACACCUGCCAAUAAAGACUGUCUACACUUCCAGAGAGAUAGUACAGGAGGUCAGGCACUUGCCUUGCAUGUGGUUGCCGUGAUCAUGACCUUAGUUUGAUCCCCUGCACCACAUAUGGUCCCCCUGGUUCCUGGGCAGAGUCAGGAACAGCCACCAAGCACCACCUGGUAUGGCCUAAACUGCCAAAAGAAAAAGAAAACAAGUUUGUCUACACGGAGUCCUGUACCCUCUCUCCUGGGAGAUGGGCCUUCCAUGCUGAGCUGCCAGGCAUCCGAGUCCCAGCUGGGGCAGAGGUAAUGCCACUCCUUCCGCCACCAGCCUGCCCGCCCAGGGGAGCUACACGCACUGACUCCUCAGGUCUCCAGGAAGAGUCAGUAUUUCAGGGU